GCGGAAAAAUAGAGAAUGGGUUGGACAGAAGCCCAAACACAUUUCUCAGAUGACUUGAUGACUUUAUUUCUGGUUAUUCCUCACACUCCGCUCCGAGCAGUACAGAACAAUAAAUUUUUGUUUAGCUUCGAGUUUUGUUUGGUUUCAGUACUUUUACGGAUCAAAAAUGUGUGGACCCUGUGGAUCGUGCUGCAGUCCCUGCUGUGGUCCCUGUGGACCGUGUUGUGGACCCUGCUAUGGACCCAAUGUCUACGGACCGUGCUGCGCAACGGGACCCUGUUUCGGAUGCUGUUGCUGAGCAAACGACAGGGUUUAAGCCUUCCAUCACAAGUCCGGUGAAACCUGAACAGAAGGCGUUGCACGCACAGAUCGUAUGAGGAAUGGCGGAGUUAUAGCGGUUAAAAGGCAAUAUCCUUAUUGUUCUUGAUGCCAAACGAUGAGGCAAAUCCUGCCGAUUACGAGGACAAGGAUUACGUUCAGAUCGGAUGAGAAAUGGCGGAGAAGAGUACGAAUUUAUGACUAGGGAAAAUAUCCUUGAUCCUUCGUCCUUUAUAAGGACUCCAUAAAAUCAAGAAUUUUCUUCCGGUCACGAGGACUAUUGCGAUUUCAAUAUUGCCAAAAAUUAAUUACACGAAAUCCGCAAAUUUGAAUUGCGCGCCCUCAGUUUUAUACCAACCAGCUUUUGACCUAAUGUAAAAAAGAAAAACCAGCUACGUUCUGCUAAUAAAUGUUGAAAAAAUACCAUAUGAAAA